AUGCAUGUCCACACCCACACCCACACUCUAACAAUUCUUAAUGAAUUAGAUAGUAUUAUUGACAACGAAACUAUUGCAGAAAAAGAACUUAAACAAGCAAAAAAUUAUGGUUUAGAAACAAUCAUUGAUUUUGUUAGUGCAAAAAAUGAAUUUUAUUCGAAAAUUGCAUUAUUAGCACUACUUUAUGUUGAUCAUUUAAUUAUUAAUGAAAUUAAAUUAGAAUUUAUUCUCGAUCAAACAUUACAAUAA